AUGUCGAUCGACGAAGACGACUCGAUGGAGGUGGACGAGUUCCCGCUCGUCGUGAACCACCAUCCAUUCACCUUUGAAGAUAUCGACGCCAAGAGCCCCGCGACUGUUCCCAACGCCAUUCAAUCGGGUACCGCGCACGCCGCAACGCACCCCACAAUGAGGUGGGAGCGAGCUGCCCUGUGGUCGACUGGCACACUGCCAGUCCAAGGAUCCUCGGCAUCCGCGUCCGCCAAAUCUAGCGCCGGCCCUCGGUGGGAACACACCCCUCUUCCCGCCCUUCCCGGCAUUGGCGCUGCCCUCGCCAAACGUAUCGACGUUAAAUCCUUCAGGUCCUGCCUCAAAUCGAAGCGCAAACGGAGGAACAGGGCUCGAAAGAAGGCCCGGGCUGUUCGUCACGCUCUCCUUGCCGACGCGAAGACCGACGAUGUAAGCGGAAACGGCGCUGAAAGCAAAGGAAAAGCGAGGAAGCGAAAGUCGAAGAAGAAGGGGCGUGCGAAGGAGAACACCGACAAGCAGGCGAAGGCGACGGCGAACGGUCGCAUGAAGGCUGUCAAGCGCAGGUUGGCGGAAUUGGCGAGGAGGAUCGGUGGCCCGCCCAUCAAGGGUUUGCAUGACUUGGCGAGCACAGAUUAA